AUGGCUGCUCCCACAAGCCAGAAAUUAGGCAAUGUCCUGGUAAUCGGCGGCUGCGGCUUCCUCGGCCAUCACAUCGUGAACCUCCUUAUCUCGAGCGAAACAACGACCAGCAAAGUAUCCGUGCUCGACCUCCACACCUCUCGCAAUCGCCGGCCGGAAUCUGAUGGCGUAGCCUAUUACAACGGGGACAUUACAUCGCUCGAUGCUGUUGUUGCCGUGUUCCAAAAAGUCAAGCCAGAUGUGGUGAUCCACACAGCAUCACCAACGCUGGUGGGAGGCUCGAAAGAGCUCUAUCGCAAGGUGAACGUUGAGGGGACCAAAUGCGUGGUAGAGGCGUGUCAGAAGACGGGGGUGAAGGCGCUGGUGUAUACCAGUUCUGCGAGUGUGGUGUCAGACAAUGCGAGUGAUUUGGUCAACGCGGAUGAGAGAUGGCCAGUUAUAGAUCCAAAGAAGCAGACGGAGUAUUAUUCGCAGACAAAAGCCGAAGCAGAAGCCAUCGUCAUAGAAGCAAACCGUACCCCAGCCAAGUUCCUAACCUGCGCCCUCCGACCCGCAGGAAUCUUCGGCGAAGGCGACGUGCAAUUAAUCCCACCGAUGGUAAAAGUUUUCCAUGACAAAAAGACCGGUUUCCAAUUAGGAGAGAACAAAAACCUUUUCGAUUUCACCUAUGUCGGAAACGUGGCACACGCACACCUUCUCGCCGCGUCUGCGCUCCUGCAAACAGCCGCUAUCUCCACACCCGUCCUCGACCAUGAGAAGGUCGACGGUGAAGUGUUUUUUAUUACCAAUUGCGAGCCCGUGUAUUUCUGGGAUUUCGCGCGCGCCGUGUGGAAGGCAGCCGGGAGUGAUAAGGGCACGGAACAUGUGUGGGAGAUUAGUGAGGACGUGGGAAGCUUGUUGGGUGGUAUUAUGGAGUGGGGGUAUUGGUUUGCCCGAAAGCAGCCAAAGUUGACCAGGAGACAGGUUCGUUAUAGCUGCAUGACCAGAUAUUAUGAUUGUGGCAAGGCGCGGACGCGUCUUGGAUACUCGCCGGUUGUGGGAUUGCAGGAGGGGAUUAAUAGGGCUGUUGCAUGGUUUGAGGAGGAGAGGACGAGGGAAGGCGAUAAGAAAGAUCAGUAA